UGUGUUCUUUCAGCUACAGGCCUACUUGACCACUCUCAUUGCGUCGUCUCUCUCGCUUUGCUCAACCCUCGAAAACCCCACUGCACUCUCGACGGCCGGUGGAAGCGCCAUUUCUCCGAAUUGAAAUUUGAGUGGAUACUGAAGUAAAGGGCAGCAAAAUGUCUAGAAAAGGAUUGAUGGAGCAGGAUCUAAGUAAGUUGGAUGUAACACAGCUACAUCCACUAUCACCUGAGGUGAUCUCUCGUCAGGCAACAAUAAACAUUGGGACCAUUGGUCAUGUGGCCCAUGGGAAGUCAACAGUUGUAAAAGCCAUAUCCGGUGUCCAGACUGUUCGUUUUAAAAAUGAGCUUGAACGUAAUAUUACAAUUAAGCUUGGAUAUGCCAAUGCAAAGAUAUAUAAAUGCGAAGAAGACCGUUGCCCUAGACCUAUGUGCUACAAGGCAUAUGGAAGUGGAAAAGAAGAUAGUCCUAUGUGCGAUGUGCCUGGUUUUGAGAACUGCAGGAUGAAGUUGCUGAGGCAUGUGUCAUUCGUUGAUUGCCCAGGCCAUGAUAUUCUCAUGGCUACUAUGCUUAAUGGAGCGGCAAUCAUGGAUGGAGCUUUACUUCUAAUUGCUGCCAAUGAGAGCUGUCCUCAGCCUCAGACUUCGGAACACUUAGCUGCUGUUGAAAUUAUGCGCCUCCAACAUAUAAUCAUUCUUCAGAACAAGGUUGAUCUAGUGCAGGAAAAUGUUGCCAUCAACCAGCAUGAGGCCAUUCAGAAAUUCAUUCAGGGCACAGUUGCUGAUGGUGCACCAGUGGUACCUAUAUCUGCUCAAUUGAAGUAUAACAUUGAUGUUGUGUGCGAAUAUAUUGUGAAGAAAAUCCCUAUUCCAGAACGGAACUUCACUUCAGCACCAAACAUGAUUGUUAUCCGUUCUUUUGAUGUUAAUAAACCUGGUUUUGAAGUUGAUGAAAUCAGAGGUGGCGUAGCUGGUGGCAGUAUCUUGAAGGGUGUUUUGAAGGUUAAUCAAAAAAUUGAGGUUCGUCCUGGUAUUGUUGUCAAGGAUGAGAGUGGAAACAUCAAAUGCACCCCCAUAUACUCUAGAAUAGUUUCAUUGUAUGCUGAGCAGAAUGAACUCCAGUUUGCUGUGCCUGGAGGCUUAAUUGGAGUUGGCACAACCAUGGACCCCACACUGACACGUGCUGAUCGAUUGGUGGGACAAGUCCUUGGUGAGGUUGGGUCACUUCCAGACAUUUUUAGUGAGCUAGAGGUGAAUUUCUUUCUGUUGCGACGCCUUUUGGGUGUCAGAACAAAAGAGUCAGAAAAGCAGGGCAAGGUCACCAAGUUGACAAAGGGAGAAAUACUAAUGUUGAAUAUAGGAUCUAUGUCGACUGGGGCCCGAGUCGUUGCUGUCAAGAAUGUGUUUGCAAAACUUCAGUUGACAUCUCCUGUGUGCACCAGCAAAGGCGAGAAAAUUGCUCUCAGUCGGAGAAUUGAGAAGCAUUGGCGACUUAUUGGUUGGGGCCAAAUUCAAGCCGGAAUUACUCUCGAUGUCCCCCCUGCCCCAUUCGAGUGAUGUAAGUCAACAUUUUUGGAGAACUUGUGAAUCUACAAAAGACUUGAGAUUAAAACAUGGGAGGACAAGAAACUCUGUUGGAAAAAAAAGUCGGUAGAAGAGAUUUUUUUGUCAUUCUGAAUUUUGAAUACUAAAUCACACUAUAUUGUCGUGUUGUUUUUUCCCAAUUAUAUUUUUCUUUUUCUACUCAACAUAUUUGCCUUGUUGGAGUGUACUGUAUGUUGUAAUUCAUUAGUCUCUUUCUGGAUGUCAAUUUCAUCAUAUUGAGUUAACCUGUGAAGCAAUUUCCGUUUA